AUGGGGGGCCCAGACUCCCGGGUGUACGGCCUUGGUGGCUCACGGCCCGAAGGCUACGACUCAGGAGACGUGCCGUAUGGAGACUACUUCCAGCCCCGGCCUACCUAUGCCUCGGCUGCCGUACUUGCUCGCUUCCCAGCUUCAGUCCUCGAUCGCAUCUUUGGCUUUGUCUGCCCUCAUAGUCGCGAUGAGAGCUACUCUACCUGUGAGCAGAGCUCCGUCGACGAUGCCUGCAUGCUCUGUGACCUGCGCGACCUGGCACACUGUGUUGCUGUGUGCAAGAAGUGGAAGGAAGAAGCCGUGAAGCUAUUAUAUCAUAGCAUUCGGAUCGACAGUGUCCAUUACUGCGAACUCGAAGCUGUCCUCGCUGAACGGCGAAAGCGGCGUUCGUCCAUUUUUGAUCGGAAUGGCGAGCCAGAAGACCCGGCGCAAGCUCGUUUGAAGUUGCUCUGCCGGACUCUCCGUGAGGACCCGGUUCGCCGCGGGCAGCUUGUCCAGUUCCUCAAGAUGCCUUACAUGCUUCGCGAAGCCUGUCAAGCCGAUAUUGCUCGGACGAUAGCCGUGACACCAAACCUUCGUUAUGUAGACCUUCCCGAAGGCCUUUUCGCCGAUGAACCCGGCUGCAUGACUCUUCGACUCGAGGUUCAGGCCCGCUGCCUUGACUUACGCAAAAUGACCUACAUGAGGGGGGCUGAGAACAGUCUUCAAGCCCUCGCAACGGGAAGGGUCUGGACGAAGCUCGAGGUUUUGGAGUUGAUUCGAAUCGAUAUGGAGCCUUCCAUGUUGCGGCAAGUCUUGGGCUGUCUGAGCAAUCUCCGUGCUCUCAAGAUCAGCGAGACUGAGUCGAUCACUGACGAGACCUUGAUUUGGAGCGAUACGCUUCCUCCAUUCCCUCCGCUGGAAGAGUUCAUCCUUACUAAGGUUCCGAACAUCACGGCGGAGGGACUCAAGGAAUGGCUAAUCCUCCCUGAAGCACGCCAGUCCCUGAGAGUACUCACCCUGAACAGCACUGGUGUCAAAGUCUGUGAUCUGCCUGAACUCGUGGGUUACACGCCCAACCUCAAACACCUGUCUAUCAGUGACAGCGUAGCAACUACCCUGCAAACAGCUGCUGGCCCCCAAAACAUCCGGCUCCUGAACUGCACGAACCUGGAGUCGCUGCACUAUGAGAUCACGGCUGCACCGUCGGCUCCAAAGUUUUCAGGCGCCACGGCCAGCUACUACCAAUACCUCGCCAACUCCCUCCUGUCCGGCGGCCUGCCCAACCUUCGGGCUCUCUAUGUCCGCGACCCUCACUUCCCCGAUCUACUUCUCGGCCUGCCCCCGCCGGCUCCUGCCUAUGCUGAAGGCCGUGUCGCCCGUCCAGCAAGCAGCGGCUCAGCCUUCCCAUCAUACCAAUCCAAUAAUAGGGGCUCCCUUGGCCUGCCUCUCCCUCCAGCUCCGUCUGGUGGCCAUGGCAGCGGCCAUCGCCCUCACGGCUCGCUCUCUACGAUCAACGGCCUCAGUGGCUCGUCAUCUACAAACAAGUUACCUACCUCGCGAAUCAACCAUCGUUUCAGCAGCAACAACCCCUUCGCAUCCCUGGCUGCUCAACAGCAACAGCAACAGCAACAGCAACAACAACAACGACAACAACAACAGCAGCAGCAGCAGCAGCAGCAGCAACAACAACAACAACAACAACGGCGGCGGCGGCAGGAGGAACUCAUCCGCGGCCUACCCCUUCCCCCUUUUGCUCCCUCUGCUACAGGAACUGUCCCAGCUUUCAUGAACCUCCCUUCUAAACUCGAAGUCUUUACGAAAGGCGACGAUGAUCAGCUAGGCUGGUCCUUCGUGCAAGUUGGGUACGGCGAUUACUGGGGUGGCGGGGGCCGUCACGCUGGUGAUGCAUAUACCUUAGGCGCUGCGAGCAGAUCUGAGCGUCCGCUGAGCAGCUACGGUCUUGGAGCUGAUGUGCUAGGUGGGAAUAUCUCCGGAUGGAGUAGUGGCGCUGGUGCGAGGAGGAGUGUCCUUGUUGCAGGGGGGGGUGCGGGUGGGGGGUUUACGGCUGUUGCUGAUACUGGUGCUGUCCGAAAGAGGACUGAGGGAGGGUUUUUGUCGCCUAUUCAGUCGCCUGUGGGUCCGCUGUCACCGAGGAAGGGUAGUCUCAGUGGUAGUGGGGAUGAGGAUAGCUGGCCUAGGCCUAAGAGCAGCUCGGGGGAGAAGAAGAGGGAGAGAAUGGAUCUUUGGCGUUGA